AUGGGCAACUACGUUUCUUGCACCCUAUCAACCCAAAUAGCCAAGAACAGCAAAGCAGCCACCAAAGUCAUCGUCCCGAGCGGCGAAAUCAAGCAAUUCUAUGUACCAAUGAAAGCUGCAGAGCUCAUGCUUGAGACCCCAAACUUCUUCCUUGUAAACACAAAGUCUCUCCAUAUUGGAAGAAGAUUUUCAGCUCUCAAUGCUGAUGAAGACUUGGAGAUUGGUGACGUUUACGUCAUGUUCCCCAUGAAGAGGCUCAACUCUACCGUGACUCCAGCCGAUAUGGGCGCCUUGUUCCUCACCGCCAGCUCGGCAACCAAGCGUCUUUCGGGCAGAAACGUGAGGGUGCAGCCGGCUGAGGAUAAGUCCGGGGAACUUGCUGAUGAUGAUGAUGAUGAGGAGGAGGAUAAUAAAAGGAUGGAGAAUUGGCGGGAAAAUCUUGAUCAUGAGGCCGCAAAGCCGAAGUUGAAUUUGGAUGAUAUUGAAGAUUUCUCGGCGCCGGAGUUCAUGCACAGGGUGUCUAUGCGUAGGUCAAAGAAGCCAUUGUUGGAGACUAUAGCAGAAGAGCCUGUUUCUGUUUGCUCCAGGUGA